ACACGUCAAAUAGGAUGAUACUGAAUUUCAUCCAUGCCCAGAUGUUAGAUCCUGAUUGAACAAUGAUAAACUCGUCGAUAAAUAGAUCUAAGUGAAUAGGAAUAACUGAUAUCAUGGUAGAGUGAUCGUGAAGAGUAACACAAUGUUUCGGUUUCUGUUUUGCCUUCUGUUUUUUAACGGUUUAUCCCAUGCCACUGUCUCAGUCGAGGAGAUUUUCGAAGAUGGGAUACCUGAAGAUUGUCUGAAAAUCUACAAGAAGUUGGAUCCUCUUGUCAAAGUGAAGAUGUUCGAUGCCACCUCCAAAUUGAUCACUAACGGUUUGAUGGAUGGGAAUUUUGUGGAUCUAGGAGAUUUCGAUGAGUGUCUUUCCAUAACUGACGAUAAAACCGAUGUCGUUGGAAAAUAUUGCAUGGCCACAGUGGACCUUAAUCAUUUUCUAGCUAAUUUGAAACCAUCCAAGACAGCUUUAACCUCGCUAUUGGUCAAUGAAACUCAAAACAAAAUAGCGAAGUUAACAGAUUCUAAGCUGUAUGGGAGUACGAUGUCUUCAAUGAUGUCAUUGUAUACCACUUUUGCCAGGUUUGGGGUGUGUUUACCAGACGAAUGUAAGGUGGAUAACAUAGCUUUCCUCAAAAUUAACGAGGAGAAAUGUUACACAAAGUACACCAAUGAAGACAUGGAUUUAUUCCCUUUCUUCGUACUGCUGCUUUUAUACGUUAUUAUUUUGAUAGCUGUGGUUUCCACUGUUUACGAUAUAAUACUCCAAAAUGCAUCAAUGAAGCCGAAACAUGAGAUUAUGGUGGCAUUCUCUUUGUACACCAAUGGAAAAAAGCUUCUUUCCACAAAUAGGACCUCCAGAGAACUGAGUUGUUUGUAUGGUAUCAAGGUUUUCAGCAUGAUGUGGGUGGUGCUAGGUCAUAGCUAUCUAAAUAUGUUGACCACCUCGGUCGACAACAUCCUGUACAUCAACGAUUGGAUGGAUAAUCCGAUCAAUAUGGUGGUUGUAUCGGCAACUUUAUCAGUUGAUACAUUCUUCACCAUAGGAGGUCUUCUCACCGUAUACGUCUUCAUGAAUUCAAAACCAAUUGAAACUAGGGAGGCAUUCAAAAAAAUACCCUUCUUGUAUUUACACAGAUACCUGAGGCUUACUCCAGCGUUUGCCAUGAUGGUCCUAAUUUAUGCUUCUGGUCUUAUCAAGUACAUCGGAAAUGGUCCGAAAUGGUACACUCUGGAUUCUACCAUCGAAACUUGCAAGGAAAAUUGGUGGCUGGCCCUGCUUUACGUCCAAAAUUACCUGGAUUACUCAAAAAUGUGUGUGGUCCAAUCUUGGUACCUCUCAGCGGACUUCCAACUAUUCAUCGUCACCCCUUUCCUCUUGAUACCCCUGAAGAAAUAUUCCAAAUACAUCAUGCCAUCCUUGUACGCUGUAGCUGUUGCUGGAAUGAUUGUACCUUUCUUCAUUGGAUACACGAAUAAAUGGACUGGAGUUGGUUUGGGCUCUAUAAGUAACAGUUUCGCUGAUAACUAUUACUUCGUAACGCACGCGAGGUUUGCCCCUUAUUUUAUUGGUAUGAUCGCUGGUUAUUACGUUUACGUUGCCAAGAAAGGGCCCAAAGAGUUGAAACUUCAGAAGCGAUACUUAAUACCCUUAUGGAUCCUAACUUUGGUCGGUAUCAUCGGUUGCAUCUUCGACGGUUACAAGCUGAUAAGAAACACUGACAACCAAUGGACUGACGGCAUAUACAUGGGCUUCAACAGAUCCGCGUGGUCCAUCUCCAUCUCACUCUUGAUAUUCUUGUGUUCCACCAACAAUGGAGGACCCAUCCAGACGUUCCUGUCUUUGCCGUUGUUUCAAGUCGUCUCGAAGCUGACCUACUCGAUGUACCUGGUCCACUACAUAGUCAUCCUCUGCGUCAACGCGGCCUCCAGGACCGAGCUACAUUUUUCGAAUUUCACAAUCACGACCUAUUUCAUCACUUACUUCGUAAUAACCCUCACGAUCUCCGUGUUUUAUAGUCUCAUAUUCGAAUCUCCAAUGAUCACGAUAGAGAGGAUACUCUUCCCAACCGACAAGAGGAAUAAAACAAGCAACGAACUCCCGAAAUGAGGGGAAAUUGAAAAUUUUGAGACUGAUUAUAUUAUAGGUUUUAUACAGGGUGUUAUUCCAUCUCAAACUCUCCCAAAAUUACCUGGGUUUGAGCAAGAAUUAGAUUUUAGUCGUCUUGUCAUCAAUCGGUGAACUCAAAUGUUUAUCAUUUCCCGUAUUGAAUCGAUUAAUGAUAAGAUGAAGAAUGACCCUGUAUAAUGUAGGUUUAAGGUUGAAUUUUGGAUUAAAGAAUUAAAACACUGAGAUAUUUAUGAAUUUUUAUUAAAAAAAAAAUUUUAGGAUUCAGAUGAGAAUACAGAUGACGAUAGAUGGAGUAUAAUGAGACCGAAAUUGUGCAAUAACUUUGUACUUAGAUAUCAUUAUCGAAUAAGCAUAAAUAAGAUCAAGCUUCAAAAAAAACAACCCACUUCACGUUUUCCACAAUCAGGGAAAAAACAAUCACGUACUUUCGAAGAAACAAUAUUUCACUAAAAUAUUACCUAGAAUAUUAUGAAAAUGUCAUUCCUAAUAAUUAAUUGCUAACGGUUUGGUCCAACAAUCCAAUCUGUAAAUUUUGAUAUGACGAUCUGAAUUAUUCACAGACAGUUUUCACCCGCGAAAACUUCCGAUCAGAAUUCGGAGGAUUGGUCCACAAUUGGUCCUAAUCGAGUUGUUCAAGCCAGAAAAAAACCGGAUAAAUACAAGAACGCUAGAGAUGGAAAAUCAAGUUUCGCAAACUCAACGAUUUCAACAGACCGUGAGAGAGGAACGAAGGUUACAGAGAAACAUAGUCAAAGUGAUAAAAAAGUUUCAACAAUCAAAACAAACUUCAAAACAGCCCCGAUCGCAUCGUAUUACAAAAUAUAUAACUAUGGAUAAAACUCCAAAAACUUGAUUUUCCAAGUUUGACACUUAUCUAAUCACAAAAAAGUGACAGAUUACGUUUACUUCCUCGGAAAAUAAACAACGAAGAAAUCACUAAAUCGAUAGCGCAGGUGGAGAUAUGGGAAGUUAAACUGGCACGGCGUGGCGUCUAGGCACUUGAAACGGUCUUAAAACACC